CCGGAUGGAAGCUGGCGGGUCUGGGUGACUGGAGGCGGUGGUCGGAGCCCGAGUUGGAGCUGGAGCUCGGUUGGGAUCCCGGUCAUCUAGCCUCUGCCUGGGACUUUCCCCUGCGCACCCCUGCAUCUUUCUGGCCUCCCGCGGUGCCUGGUCCAAAGUGCCUGCCGCGGGAUGCUUACUCUUGUCGCAGAAUUACGUUUGGGAAAGUUUAACUUAGGACUUCUUUUCUUUUCCAUACAGAACCCAUACCCCGCUAUGGAGCAUGUCUUUACCCCGCUGGAGCCCCUGCUACCCACGGGAAACUUGAAAUACUGCCUUGUGGUUCUUAAUCAGCCUCUGGAUACACGUUUUCGUCAUCUUUGGAGAAAAGCUCUCUUAAGAGCCUGUGCUGAUGGAGGUGCCAACCACGUAUAUGAUCUCACUGAAGGAGAGAGAGAAAGCUUUUUGCCUGAAUUCAUCAGUGGGGACUUUGACUCUAUUAGGCCUGAAGUCAAAGAGUACUACACCGAGAAGGGCUGUGAUCUUAUUUCAACUCCUGACCAAGACCACACUGACUUUACCAAGUGUCUUCAAGUUCUCCAAAGGAAGAUAGAAGAAAAAGAACUUCAGGUUGACAUGAUCGUGACCUUGGGAGGUCUCGGUGGGCGUUUUGACCAGAUCAUGGCAUCUGUGAAUACCCUUUUCCAAGCCACUCACAUCACUGCUGUGCCAAUUAUAAUAAUCCAAAAGGAAUCUCUCAUCUACCUCCUCCAACCAGGGAAGCACAGGCUCCAUGUAGACACUGGAAUGGAAGGCAACUGGUGUGGCCUUAUUCCUGUUGGACAGCCUUGCAACCAGGUGACGACAACAGGCCUGAAAUGGAAUCUCACAAAUGAUGUGCUUGGCUUUGGAACACUGGUCAGUACUUCUAACACCUACGAUGGGUCCGGCCUUGUCACUGUGGAAACUGACCAUCCGCUCCUCUGGACCAUGGCCAUCAAGAGCUAACCUACAGUAUGGCAUCCAUCUUGCGCCUGUGCCUUCCCUUCCCUGCCCACUGGUUCAUUGCUCAGCAUGAACAAUCACAUAGGUGUGCAGAAAUCUAAACGUCUCCAUAGAGGGCCAUGAGCUUUCGAGGUGUUAGGGGUCCAGGUGUAGCUGAGCAUCGGAGCACUUGUUGCGCAUGUACAAGGCCUUGGGGUUAACCCUCAACACCACAAAAUAAAGAUGGUGGUGUUUAAAGAAGCCAGGCUAUGCUAUAAAUGAUAUCUCAGUGUUAUAUUGAGAGAAAAAUUAUGUUCUAUCAAGGCAAUUAUACUCUAUUAAGAGAGCUAAUGUGGAUCAUUUACAUUAUAUAAUUCAGUUUUGAUCAUUUUAAUUCAAUUAAUCAGUCCAUUUACCUUAAAAUUCUUUUUUUAAUUUUGAAGCACCAGAAGCUGUUUUGUUUUGCCCUAGAAUCUGGCACUUCCUUAAGUGCCUGGCAACAAGGGCUGCCUCCUCUGAGUAUCUCCUAACAUUGGACUCCACUCUGUAAUGUACACUAUCUCCCCGAAUGCUGUGAUAGAAUGGCACCAGUUCACUUUGACAUCAUCUUUUAAAAAAAUAAGAAUCAUUGACUUAAUUGUUAGGUUUGAAAGCAAGCAGCUACAUGGGCUGUGGUUAAAUGAGAAAUGGCAGCUCAGGAGUCACUCAAACAUUAACCCCUAAAAACUUGAAAGUAAGCACUCUGAGCUUUAGAAAUGCAGGUGUCCUUAUGAAAAUUUUGACACACCCAAAAGGUUUGUGCUAAGGAAUUGAUCAUAAGCCCGAAAACUGAGUCACUUUUAACAUUUUUCGCACUAGGGACUAGAGAGAUGGCACAGUGGUUAGGGGCACUGACUGCUCUUCCAGAGGUCCUGAGUUCAAUUCCCAGCAACCACAUGGUGGCUCACAACCAUCUGUAAUGGAAUCCAAUGCCUUCUUCUGGCAUGCAGCUAUACAUGCAGAUAGAGUACUCAUAGACAUAAAAAUAAAUAAAUCUUAGUGAAAAAACAUACUUCACACUGAAAAGCAAAAUGUUAAUUCAUGGACCUUAUUUACUGACAUCACCAGAAAAUUAGUGUGCCUGUGGAGAUAAUGAACACCUCCUGCUGAGGAAUCGACACCUGAAGCCCGUUUCUGUACCCCAGUCCACCAUGUGCCUGGUUUCUGAAUGCUUCUCUCUGCUGUCUGGUGGGAGGGAUUGUAAUCACUGAGUGUGCAAAAGAACCACAGACAGGAAUUCUAAAUGCUAACAUGAUGCAGGUGUAGAGUAAAUAACACAGUUCCUGGUGUAGCCUAAGCUUGCUGCAAGCACUAAAAUUUAUUCAUGUUUCUUUCAUGAGCUCCCCUACUCUCCUACCCUCUCUUGUCCCAUUUGUUAAAUUGUAUCUUGCCAAACAAACCAUGAUUUAAGGCAACCUGCCUACCAUGUUGCAUUUAUCCAAUGACUAUGUUACUGUCUUCUUGGUGCUACAACAAUAUGAAGCUUAAAACAUGAAUAAAGGAAGAAAAAGGGUCAGUUGAACCAGUACCAAGUUCUUAACUGAAAUACUUAGAUCAUUGUUACCAUUUUAUGCAAGUAUAUGAUUCUGAAAUCUGAAUGUCAAAUAAAAAGUUAUCAAUGUGCAUGUCUAUAAUGGGUUUCUCAGAAAAUGUUUAAUGUUUUCACUUAUAUUUCAAUAUGACUGAUCUCUUAUAAUCAGUGUUUCUGUUCAAAGGGUGACUCAAGAUGUGUAAUUCAUAAUUAAAAUCUCAGAUCUGACUACAGAUAGCAA